GACCUGAAAAAAAACCGGCAGGAAUGCAAAAUGAAAUUCAAUUGAUAAUUUUUUUUGUCUAGGACCGAAUUCCGCGACUGUUUUUACAUUAUUCAAGUGUAAACUUACUACUAAAUGGUGCGAUUAAGUAUAAUCUGCUGAUUUAUUGUUUUACGAUAAGCAAUUACUCGUAAUACCCUAAAACAUGAAUUUUUGGCUGCUUGUAAUGUUUUUUGCGCUAAGCUGGAAUGAUAGUCAAGCAUUUCCUAUGAGGCUUCAUUAUGCUAACGAGUCUACUUUGGAAUUGGUUCAUGUCUUAUACCGGCAUGGUGACCGAACUCCUGAAACCACGACGUUAUACCCAAGCAACCCGUACUAUGCAGAAAGUAACUAUUACCCAUACGGAUAUGGACAGUUAACGAAUGAAGGGAAAUUACGUGAAUACCAACUAGGAAUUGCCCUGCGAAAUAGGUACAUUAAUUUUUUAGGGAAAAACUUCAAUAUGAGCAUUAUAGAUGUAAGAAGUACCGACUAUAAUAGAACCAAAAUGUCUUCGGAACUGUUAACCGCCGGCCUAUGGCCCCCUAGUUGUUUAAAUAUAUGGAACCCGGUUUUGCAUUGGCAACCCAUACCUUAUAACUACGAGAAAAUUGCUGACGAUAAGGAGCUGGUUUCUUACAUCGGAUGCACCCGUUUUAAUGAAGCUUUUGAUAAAGCGGUCGAGGAGCCAGGAAUAAAAAAUUAUUUAUCCUCACGUUAUAAUGAAACACUUGAGAUCCUCGUUAAUAAUACGGGUUAUUCUAGAGAGGAAAUGACAUACUUGAAAGCUUUUCUUUUGUAUUUUGGGUUUUUAAUACAGGAAGAACUUAAUCUGCCCUUAGAAGAGUGGACCUCAGCAGUAUAUCCAGAACCAUUACACUCCCUUGCCAUUGACUACUAUUACCUUGAAACAAAUACCACCGAACUAAGAACAAUAUUUUCAGGCUACUUCAUGAAAAAGAUCAUAUCAGACACCCAAAACAAAAUAAACGGCGAAUCCAAUUAUAAACAUAAAAAAAUGUUCCUUUAUGCCGCUCAUGAAACUAAUAUCGCCGGCUUGUUAUUGUCGAUAAAUGCACACAAAAUAACAGAGGUGCCCCCUUAUGGAUCUUACGUGCUUAUGGAGGUCCAUAAGAUCGAUGAUGUUUAUGGAAUGAAGCUGUUCUAUCAAGAUUAUACAGAAGAUGAGCCAAAACUAUUAAAAAUCGACGGCUGUGACGAGUUCUGUCCUAUAACUGAAUUCACUGCAAUACUGCAAAGCAUUAUUCCUUCAUCUGAUGAGGAAUGUUAUGGAAACACAAUGAAAAAAUAAAAAACAAUUCCUAUC